AAAAAGCAUUUCAACGCCGGUUCUCCCCCCUUUCUGUGCAUCAGUGCAUCGCCUUUCUAGUUGAUCGCAUAAUACCUGACUUCUGUUCCUGUUAUAGCAUUUUCUUCCUCUGGGAGGAUCAUUCUCUCAACUCGCUCUAUCAUUUUAUUGUUUUAGCUUUCAGUGAUCGAGGUCAGCAGCAGCUCGCAAGGUCAAGGAAACCAAAAUCAAAACCCAACAAGUCAAAGUGAGCUCUUACGUCUGCACGCCAUUGAUAUUCCUCUUUUGCGAUAAGUUUUUCUGGGUUGCUUCUUUCCCAGAUCUGGAACUCAGUGAAGAUACAGAAGAGAUGGCGAGGGAGAAGAUCAAGAUCAAGAAAAUCGACAGCAUAACGGCGAGGCAGGUGACAUUCUCAAAGAGAAGGCGAGGGCUCAUUAAGAAAGCUCAAGAGCUUGCUGUUCUUUGCGAUGCUGAGGUUGGUCUCAUUAUUUUCUCUGCCACAGGAAAGCUCCAUGAUUAUGCCAGUUCCAGUAUAAAGGACAUCGUUACAAGGUAUGAUCUGCACUGUCAUGGCAGCAAUCCAUCGGACAGUCAUUCUCUAGAGCUGCAGAACAGCAGUCACAGCGAAUUGAGGAACGAGAUUGCUGAUAAAACCCAGGAACUUCGGCAGCUGAAGGGUGAAGAUCUUGAAGGACUCAACCUCGAUGACUUGCUGAAGCUGGAGAAAAAGCUUGACGUAGGACUCAGUCGUGUGAAUCUGAUUAUGGACAAGCGGAAUAUGGGUGAAAUCACUGAACUUCAGAGAAAGGUAGACAAUUUGGCCAAAGCAAACAAGCAGAUAAAGCAGAAGGUGGCUAUUAUGUGUAAAGGAAAAGGCCCCAUGAUGACGAACUCAGAUAUGGGCGGCCGAGGAGGUGUUUCAUCAGAAGCAAUGGAUAAUAAUGUUUGCGGCUGUAAUAAUAAUGGCCUUCUCGAUGAUGAUUCCUCUAGCAUAUCUCUGAGAUUAGGGCUCCCCUAGCUUCUCUGAUUGAAAAUUGAGGAGACGACGAAUUGAUGUCUCGUGUCAUUAUCUAAAAAACGUUCGUUCCUAGAUGAGACUCCUUCUGGAUCUAAUCUUCUGCGUCGUUUAAUCUAUGUACAGUUUUCAGAACUUAGUCUUUGGAAAGUCACUACUCACUAGUUCUAGUCGAGAAGAUGAACGGCUCCUACUUGGCGCCUGCAAAUAUUGAAUCCGCCUCUCACUCUGUUUUUGUAAAACCCGCCUUUAUUAAUAUUUCCUAUUCUAUGCUCUUUACGUCUCAUUAAAAAGCAAAAAUAUUCCAUCCAUGUAAGAUAGAAGA